AUCACUGUUGAUAACAUUGACAAACUGACAAGUGCGCCGUGCGACAGUGACACUGGCUUAUAACCCCUAAUUAUUUACUACCUUUCAAAUUUUAUUUUCACGUUUUAUUAGAAUUUCACAAUUAAAAAAUUUAAUUGAAUUGUUGGUAUUAAAGGGUAAUAAAUAAUGAAGCGUAAACUAUCGAAACUGGACGAAAACGAAGCUAGAUUAUCUCAACUGCUGUUUAGUAAAACUGAGAACUUUGCACAAAAACUUAAGGUAAAUACAACAUCUGUUAGUGAACAUGAAGAUCAAGAAUUAGAUAAAAAACCAGCAUGGAUUGAUGAUGAUGAUGAAAACUUUGGUGCAAAUAUUAUACCAAAUGUAAAAAGUAAAGCAUUUUACAAAGAAAAGCUGCAACAGAAAUAUUCCACAUUAGUGGGCACUCCGAAUUGGGCCAAAUUAAACAAGAAGAUUAAAAAAGAUGAUGAAAGUGAUGAUCAAAUUUUAAGAACUGUAGGACAUUUACACAAGAAGAAAUCAGAAAACCUCCCAAAGGACUUUUUGGAAUUGAAAAAUUUUCCAAGACUUAAUGCGCAAACAAAAAAUGAAGGACCAAAUAUAACAUGUAUAGAAUUUCACCCCACAAUGAGUGUUUCCUUGGUCGCUGGCCAAUCUGGUGUUGUUUCAUUGUUUUCCAUUGGGGGUGAUGUAAAUAACAAACUCCACAGUUUCAAAUUAAAGAACUGGAAAAUAUCUGCAGCUCAUUUCUCACCUGACGGAUCAGAAGCAUACAUCGCAUCGAAAAAUAAUCACAGUUAUUGCAUCUAUGACCUUGUCAAAGCAGAGUCUAAAUUAGUCCAGUUACCUCAGAUAUCAAAGAGACCAAAUAUUUUUGUAUUGUCUCCUAAUGGAAAAUAUCUUGCUACAUCUGACUGUCUUGAUGAAGUGUAUUUGAUCUGUGCAGCCUCCAAAGAGCUACUGCGAAUAUUAAAGCAUAAUACAAAUGUAACAUCAGUAAUAUUUAGCCAUGACAGCAAAUCCUUGUACAGCUACGGAUGUCAAGGGGAAGUUACUAUGUGGGAUCUUUCUACAUACAGACCACUUAGAAAGUUUUAUGACAAUGGUUGUGUAACAGCUUCCUGCAUACAGAUUAGCCCUUGUGGAAGACUAUUGGCCACUGGUAGUGGUGAAGGUAUUGUUAAUGUAUACCAAACAAGUAAUUUGAAUACUUCAGAACCAUUGCCACUUAAAACUAUCUCAAAUUUGACAACAAAAAUAACUAAUCUUAGAUUUAAUGCUUCCUCUGAGAUACUGUCUGCUACAUCAUCCUUCUAUCCAAAUGCUGUUAAACUUAUUCAUAUUCCAUCAUACCAUGUUUUUGCCAAUUUCCCAAUACACACACAGAAUUAUCAUCAGGUCGAAACAGUGAAUUUUUCUCCUAAUAGUGGUUACAUGGCAAUGGGAAACAACAAGGGCUAUGCUUAUCUUUUCAGAUUGAAGUAUUACAAGAAUUAUUGAUAUGUGA